AUGCCGAAAGAACUAAAACUAGGUCAUUUCCUCUAUGGAAAAUCAAUUUAUUCGAUCCUGGAGUUCAUUGGCGAGGGAUGCUUCGGCAAAGUGGCCAAGUGCAGAAAUAUGGCGACAAAGAAGUUUGUGGCCAUAAAGAUCCUGAAGCAGCACUUAGACUUAUGCCUGGAUACCAAGAGAGAGAUGAAAAUGUUAGAGGUCAUCUCUGCACUUGAUACUGACCGCAGUAAUGUGGUGAAGUUUUUCGAGUGCUUUGAGGAAAAUGACCAGACUUGUCUAGCAUUUGAAAUGCUGGACAAGAGUCUCUAUGACCUGAUGAAGGCCAAUCGUUUUAAACCGAUGUCUCUUCAAGAGAUUCGGCCCAUUGCACAGCAGGUUUUGGUGGCUUUGAAUGCCCUGAAGGGUGUUGGUGUUAUUCAUGGUGAUAUAAAACCUGAUAACAUCAUGUUGGUUGAUCAUCAGAACCAACCCUUCAAAAUUAAAUUAAUCGAUUUUGGCCAAGCUGUGAAGGUUACCGAAGCUAUGCCGUGGGAGACCAUACAGCCAAUCGGAUACAGAGCUCCAGAAGUCGUCCUGGGCCUGCCAUUUGAUGAGGCUAUAGACGUCUGGGGGGUUGCCUGUGUGUUAGCCUUCAUGUACCUCAGAAACAACCUGUUUCCGAUACACUGCGAAUAUCAGAUGGCGAUAGCAAACUUUCAGGUGAAGCUGGGAGCACGAAGCAACACAGUGGACGGCAGCUGCAAUGGCAAUGGAAGGGACUUGGGAGAAAAGGUCAUGGAGGACCUGUGCCACAUCAUAAGAACCCCUGUGGUUUUCACUCAGUCUCCUCCAUUGAAGAAGGAAAAUGUGCCUUUUUCACAUUUGGUGUGA